AUGGGGCAGCAGGGGUUGUGCAGUCUCAUGUUGAGAGCCCCUAGCGAGCAAUCUCUUCCCACGCUCCGUAUCUGCCCGCCUCUGCUCUCUGACCGCGUCUUCAGCCCCCAGUCGACCUCCGCCUCCAACUGGGCCCCGCCCGGCUCCGCGUCGCCCCGGCCCGGCCCGCCCCGGCCCACCUGCUGUGUCUCUCGGCUCAUUUCCUCAGCAGUUGCUCUCGCCCUGCCCCUCAGCGCGGCGCAGCGGAAAGGGCCUGCUCUGGGGCUCUCUAGCCCUCUGGAGGACUUGCCAUCUGUUUCCGGAGGCGUCUGGCGGCGGUAG